CAAAAACCUGCUAAACACGUUUGAGCGGACGACGCGGCGGCUGGCAGUCGAGAAGAAGAAGAAGAAGAAGAAGAAGAAGAGAGCAGGAGAAGCGAAGCACCACCAACACACCCCACACCAACCCGAGAGAUGAGCAGUGGCAAGUCUUCUUUGGGCGGUGGGGCGAUGCGCGCCACGCUGAGGCGAAAGAACACAGAGAUGGUGGCCCCUCACGCUGCAGCCAGUGGCAGUGCGCAGGCGGAGGUGGAGCUUGUGCCGACCUCUCCCAGCCUGCCGCGCGUUCGUGUGCGAGGAGGACCGGCAGAUCCCAUCUGCAUCGGCCGAUCGGAAGCAUGCGAUACGACCAUUGAAAACCCAUACCUCUCCGGCACCCACUGCCACCUCAAGUUGUCGGAUGGCAAGCUCUUCCUCAAAGAUACAAGCUCCAACGGCACGCAAGUGGAAGGAAAGCUGGUGCAGCGUGACGCCUGGACAGAAGUGAAGCGUGGCGACGAAAUCACCCUCGUCACAGAGACACCCACCACAGCAGCGGUGUCGUUCCUAGCACGCUACCGCCGCACACCGCAAGCGACAGCGCCACAACAGGCGGAUGGCAAUACAGAGGAGGAGGAAGUAGAGGAAUUGGAGAGGAGGGCGCCAGCAGCAGACGUUGAAGACGCGCCGCCGGCCAAGAAGAGCAAAACAGAGCACCCGUCCUCGGUUCAAGGUGGCGAUGGCGGUGGUGGCGGCGAUGAUGAAGCACCAAGCGGUGCCACCACAGCGACCACGACUGCCUCCACUGCACCAGCGACAGCAGAGGAGCGGGGAGGAAGCGGUGAUGCGAUGGUCACCACCGCAGAUGGUGAUGGGGAUGAUGCUGACGAUGAGGAAGGACACAUCGGCGCUGGUGGGCACGAGAACGAUCAAGCAGCUUCAACAGCAACAGCAACAGCAACAACAGCACCAGCAACAACAGCAACAGCAACAGCAGGUACGAUAGGCACGAGCAGCACCCUGACUGCAGGCGCUUCAGACAGCGAUACAACAACAACAGCAACAGCAGGAACAACAGCAGCAACAGCAGGAACAACAGCAGCAACAGCAGGAACAGCAACAACAGCCGUAUCAAGCAACGGUGGCGAGGAGGAGGAGGAAGAGGACGACAUGGAGGAGAAUCUGCUGUGCUCCAUCUGUCGGGAUGUGUUGCACGACGCGGCGUCGCUGCUGCCGUGCCUGCACACCUUCUGCGCCGGCUGCUGCUCGCAGUGGCUCACCUCCAACUCAACCUGCCCAGACUGCCGCGUCAACGUCAGGAAGAUGCGCAGGAAUCACUUGGUGAACAAUCUGGUUGGCGUGUACCUCAAGUCCCACCCAGACAAGAAGCGCGACGCCGCCGACAUUGCCACCCUCGACGCAGCAAACCAGUUAAAGGUGCGCGGGAAGGAUGAGUUGCGGUUCUCAGCGCGGCGCCGCGGGUGGCGUGACGACGAUGACUAUGACGACGACGACGACGACGACGACUCGAAUGACGAUGACGAUGAUGGUGACUUUGACGGCGGUCGUGGCGGGCGUGUUGGACGGUACGGUGUGCGCAUUGGCGGGUUUGGGAUGAGCUUUUCGUUUGCCCCGGCGCCUGUGGCCCUGCCACCGCCGCGGUGUGCUGCGUGCGAUGACGCCAGCACCAACGUCAUGAACUUUCGCUGCAGCGGGACUGGUGCAGCGCACAUGCAGUGCACCUGCUGCCGCACGUAUUUCCCGCACCGCGACUUGAUUGCGCCGUCUACCACCACAACGACAGCAGCAGCAACAACAACAAGCACAGCAGCAACGACAACGACACCAGCAGCAACGACAGCUACAACACCUGGAGCAACAACCCCGCCCGUACCCGCGAGUACAGGCGAUGAUGGCGAUGGUGAUACAACAUCAUCCACGACAACAGGACCUGCAGAUGGCGAUGGUGAUGGUGAUGGUGAUGGCGGAGCAUCAUCGUCGUCACCACCACCAUCGUCAACAACAGCAGCUGCUGUAUCAACGCCGCCACCGCCGGUCCACUGUGCGCUGUGCUCGCGGCCGUUCUGCAAUCUGUUCUGGACGCGCGGGUGCCGGGGACCGUGCACGGCACUCGGUGGCUGUCUCCGCCCGCUCCAGGACCUGACGCUGGUCAGCUCUGAUCUGACUGCGUUUAUCAACAGGAACACAUACGAGUCGCAAGUCAUGCGGGACUACUUGCGCGAGAAGGGCAUGACACCGCGGGACUUGCUGCUGACGUGCAUUGAUCGCGCUGCGUCUGGCGCCCUCACGGCGGCCGCCAUUGGGCCCGUCUCCCGCUCCACCCCAACGUGCAGGCAAUGCGGCCUGCGGGUGUUCAAUGCGUUGGCGUAUGAGUAUCGCAAGGCCCUCCCCGCUUCCGACUUGCCUCGGUCGGCGCAAGUGACGCCAUCUGGAGAGACAAGGGCAAACUGCUGGUACGGCUAUCAGUGCCGCACACAACACAACCGGCCCCAUCAUGCAGUCCGCUUCAACCACCCGACGCACCGUCCACUCGGUCCCUACGGCCCGAGCAACUCGUCUUCACCGUCCGCACCGCGAGCGCCGCCGUACCCGGGCACGGGUCACGCGCCACCGUCAGACCCGUCAAGCGUGCGCUACCCAAACCAGGAAGCGUGGCAGCGGUAUUACCAGCACUUCAACUGGACAAAGUGGUGGGAGAUGCAGCACAAGAGCAACUUGGCAUGGCAUGGCCACGGCAGGCACCCAUAUCCCAGCCAUCCUGGCCAGUAUCCCGUGAAACCGCAAUCCCCACAACCAACGCCGCCUCCCCCUACCUCGACGGCAGCCGCCACCUACACGGCAGCAUCAACGACAGACGGCAACAACGGCCACCACCGCACGCGCUGGCAGGACUGGCGGUGGCUCACCGGGUUCUUCAUCUCUGUUGGCUGCAUCUUUGCCCUCACUGUUGGCAUCUUUGUGUUUGUGUUCCGUCGCCUCCCAUCAUCGUCGACCCCAGCCAACCGCUCCAACAACGAGCACAUGCAGCUCCUCGCAGAGAUUGCACAGUACGAUGAUCCCGUGUUUAUGCCGGCCACCAAGACGGCUGCAUCGGGACCCGCGGCGCCGGUCAACCCAGCCCCGCCCUACGACGUCAACACUGCAGCAGGCACCACCCACACCAUCAGCAUCAGCAUCAGCAACGGCAACAGCAACAGCAACAGCACAGACAGCGACAGUGAGGCCUGUUUCCAGGGCCUGGUCACUGCUGACCACCGCCAUCACGAUCAUCAUCAGCAGCGUGAUCAUCAUCACCACGGCCAUGACAGCGCGUCGUCGAGUGAGGUUGGCUGCUCCUCGUCGCCGUGGUCGUCGUCGAUUGCGCACUCGGACCCGGCCACUGCAGCCAGCAACAGCAGUGCCGACCACUCCUCACCGGGGCAGCACUCGCACUCGCACAGCACAGGCAGUGUUGUCAUUGCCAUGGAUGACACACCAUACAACAGCAGCAGCAGCCAGCAGCAGCAACAACAACAGCAACAGCAGCAGCAUGCUUCGUUGCUGCCACUGCUUCCACUUGACCAAACAACAAGGGAGCAGAAGCAGACGAACAGUCAGGCAAUGGCGCUGCCCACUUAUUUCCGCACAGAUGAUGCAGACAUUCCCACCAUCUCCACGUCAUCGUGUUCCGGCGCUGCCAACCCCUCCUCCCCGUCCCCCAUCUCCCCUGCUGCCGUGUGGUCUCGCCUUUAUUCUCUCAUGACUGCCCUCUGGCCAGCAGCAGCCACCACCUCCUCCUCAUCGCCGACCCACCAGCACCAGCACCAGCACCAGCGCCAACGCCAACACCACUCCCACAUCAGCGGCGGCGGCCGCGGCGGCGGCGCCAUCACGGCGGAUGUCGCCCAGUACCGCCGGCUGCUGCAGCACCUGUACCCGCGCCACCUGCUCGACCGCGCACACGCCCACCGCGUCCUGCCGCUGCGCACCGCUGUCCUCCUGGGUGAUGUGGACCAGCUGUCCGCCCUUCUCGAGGACACGCCCCCAUCUCUGCUGGCGGCGACAGAUGCUGCGGGCCGCACGCUGCUGCACGAGGCCGUGCUGUCGCGGUCUGGGCUUGACGUUGCGCUCAUCGCCAUGCUGCUGCGCCACCGCUGCCCGACGGAGGUGCCCGACCUCCACGGCCGCACGCCGCUCCUGUGCGCCUGCGAGCUGAGCAAACCCGCGGCGGUGCGGGCGAUGGCGGCCGGCGGCGCCGACGUCAACGCGCGCGACGCCAUGCAGCAGACGGGGCUCAUGAUCGCCUGCGCACGCAACGACGCAGACGUGGCCAGCGCGCUGCUCACCGCGGGGGCAGACAGCGCACUGGCGGACGGGCGCGGGUACACAGCGAUGCACUGGUGCUGCGCCACGGGGGCGGUGGAGGCCAUGACCCGCCUCUCUGCAUUCACCAGCAGACUCGUGGAGGUGAAGACGGGCGCCGGGGACACCUGCCUGCACCUGGCCGCGCGCGAAGCAAACGAGGCCGUCAUCAAGGUGCUCAUGGGGGAACGUGCGUCUGUCCGCGCCGUGCUGCUCACCUCUGUCAACGCCUUUGGGCAGCGGGCGGAGGAUGCCGCGGCCGCCGCCAACCACCACGCCAUUGCCCGGCACUUGCAGCAGCACCGCGUCGCGCUGGAGCAGGACGUGCUGUGUGGACGCAUGUCGCUCAAGGACCGCGCACCGCGCCGCCGAAGACACGCGAGCACGCCCGCUGGCGAUGGCGAGGACGAUGGCGACGCCGGCAGGCACCUCAGUACGACUCGGCCCGGCUCGAAGGUUGGGCGUGCCAUGUACAUGCGCAAGCACCGGCACCGCCACAAGGUGAUUUCGCAGCUGCGGGAGACGCGCGUGCGGCACCUGGAGGGGGAGGGCGCGGCCAUUGCUGCUGCUGUUGCCGCGCUCAAGGCAGACCGUCACUCCCUGAUGCAGGCGCUGGCUGCCGUCUCGCCAGAGCACCUGCAGCGUCUCAAGGGACGCAAGGCACGGCCAGCAAAGCGACGCGCACUGGCGCUGGUCAAGACAAAUGGAUCAGCCGCGCCGCUCUCACCGCCGCUCGCGCCACCACUCGCAGCAUCAGUGGCAGCAGCAGCGCACGGCAACCGAGCAACCAAAGCAAAUCGCCGGCGCAGCCUCAGUGGUGCUGCAUUUGUCUGA